GGCCACGGGGCUCCAAGGUCCGUCCCCUCUCUGGGGGCGGAGCCCACGGCGAACGGGGGCUGGGCCCUCGCCCCUACCCCACGUGGCGGGGAGUGGUGCCGGCAGUGCCGGGGUGGAAGUUCUAACGUGUGGUGCUGGGUAGCCGACUUUGGUCCACUCUGCUCUCCAAACCUGUGCGUCUGAACCCGCGGUGAUGCCGAAGAUCAAGUCGGGGACGAGCGGUCGCCGCCGCGAGCGGCUCAAAGAGAGCCGGGAGCUGAAGAGCGCGGGAGGACUCAUGUUCAACACGGGGAUUGGGCAGCACAUUUUGAAAAAUCCUCUCAUUGUUAACAGCAUUAUCGAUAAGGCUGCCUUAAGACCAACGGACGUGGUGCUGGAAGUUGGACCUGGAACUGGCAAUAUGACUGUAAAGUUGCUAGAAAAGGCAAAAACGGUAAUUGCCUGUGAACUUGACCCAAGGCUAGUAGCAGAACUUCACAAAAGAGUUCAGGGCACGCCUCUGGCCAGCAAACUUCAGGUACUGGUGGGUGAUGUGUUGAAAACAGAUCUACCAUUCUUUGAUGCUUGUGUGGCAAAUUUGCCAUAUCAGAUCUCUUCCCCCUUUGUCUUCAAGCUGUUGCUGCACCGACCUUUUUUCAGAUGUGCCGUACUUAUGUUUCAAAGAGAAUUUGCUCUCAGACUAGUUGCAAAGCCUGGAGAUAAAUUAUACUGCAGACUCUCAAUCAAUACACAGCUGUUAGCACGUGUGGACCAUCUGAUGAAAGUUGGAAAGAAUAACUUCAGGCCACCACCCAAGGUAGAAUCCAGUGUUGUAAGAAUAGAACCUAAGAAUCCACCACCACCUAUCAAUUUUCAGGAAUGGGAUGGCCUAGUAAGGAUCACCUUCGUUAGGAAAAACAAGACACUCUCUGCUGCAUUUAAGUCAAGCGCAGUACAACAGCUGUUGGAAAAAAACUACAGAAUUCACUGUUCGAUCCAUAAUAUUAUAAUACCAGAAGAUUUCAGCAUAGCAGAUAAAAUACAGCAAAUCCUAACCAGCACAGGUUUUAGUGACAAGCGGGCCCGUUCCAUGGACAUAGAUGACUUCAUCAGAUUGCUACAUGGAUUCAAUGCAGAAGGUAUACAUUUUUCUUAGGUGUCUGGAAAACAGAAUUUUCCAAACUCAAGAACAAGAAACUGGAAUUACGUAUUUUUAAUAAUUUGAGAAGAUGAACUAUGCCUUUGCUUCCCUGGAACACUAUGUGCUUGACUAGUUUUGACUUAAUACUACUACUGUCACCAUUUAUUACUCUGAAUUCUCAUGGUAGUAAGUCAAUUCUAAGUACCCGAGUGUUUUUUGGUUGUGGUGUGUUUUUAAUAUCUAACAUAGGGCAGGGUCCAAUCUACGCAUGAUAAUCUUGAAGAGCCGCAGGCACGCACAACUUUACACUUAAACUUACCAUUUCUAACAGGUUAUUGUAUAAAGAUGUUACUGUUCUAUUUUCUGUUAUAUAUUAUAUGAGGACCUGUGUAGGCCUUUGUCCCUCAAAUAGUAAAAAAGUUAAAACAUGCUUAACUCAGUCACAUAUUUCCCAUACGAUUUCUUUCUUUCAUGUGCACAAUAAAACAACUGCUUAUUUUGCUUCUCUCAUUUCUUCUCUGUUUAUCUUACACAGCUUCUUUCACUCACUGCCUAUGCCUAAGCUGUCUUGUAAGCAGCAGAGGCUCCAUCGGGUUCUGGGUAAACGUGAGUCCGCUACCGCCACCAUGCGGUGGUGCCAGGCAUAUGACUUCUGGGCAUGGUUCCUUAACUGUGAAAUGAGCAUGCUCAGCUGGAAUGAAAUGAACUAUAAGAUAGUAUGUGUUUUCUUGGGGAAAGCCACAGGUUUAACAAAAUUUCAAAGGGUUUUUUAAAUCAAACCUGGCUUUACAGUUCAAAUUCUGCCCUUCAACUUACUUAAAACAAAUAAACAUCUCAACCAGCCAUCUUCUCGUAACUAGAGGCUCUCAGUAUUCAUGUGACUUCUGGAAAACAAAGUUCCAGUGUCUUUUCAUAUACUGAUGCUUAGUUUUAAGCUAUUUUUAAAAUGGCCGGUUGACAAUGUCAAUAGAUGCCCUAAACAAGUCUUAACUAGCUACUAUGUUUAAAUCAUUAUCAAUAUAAUACUAAGCGUUGUUAAUGUCCUUUAAUAAAGAAUUAUAGUACCUGAUUAUUUUAUUUAUAUAAGGAAAUUAAUAAAAAUAUCUUGAUAACUGACUUUUUUAAAACCUAACUUAAUAGAAAGACUGCUUCCAAAUUAUUUUAACAUAGGUACACUGAGUAAACCUAGGAAGGAAGUUGUUUAACUAAACAGAUUUUUUUGAAAUCUGGCUUCAAAGUGAUAUAGUAGAACACUCCUAUAUAAAUAAAAUAAUUACUUAUUAAUAGGAAUAUCAGCUUUCAAGAAAUCUGAGAAUGUUUAACCCAGAUCCAAAAAAUUCAUUAUUCUUUAAAUAAUAGCUGCAUCAAGCCACUUUUGUUACAUAAAUAUUAAAUAUACCUCAAGAGUAGGUUUUUUUAAUAUCACAAAACUACUUACUUUGCAAAAUUCAUUUGUACCAUCUCUACACUUAUAGGAAAACUUUAAGAGUUAAUUCAGCUUUCCCUCUAUUUCCUCUUCCCCUGUGAACUACUGAGUUUUAGUCCCUUUUCUGGCCUUCAGUUUUCCCUAUCUGUAAAACUGAAGGUUUGGACUAUACCACCAAGAUCUUUUCUGGUAUUAAUUUUCUAAAGACCUUGAUUACUGAUCAGAAUGAAGUCAUUAUAGUAUAAGGCGGCAUAUUUGAAUGUAAGACCUUCCAGAGAUAGUAUCCAUCUUAUUUAAUUAAUAAAGAGUAAUCUGUUGUGCUUUAAAA